UAGAGGAGGCUGCGACUCGAGGGCAGGGCGGGAGAUGGGGGCUUGUUGCUCGUCGUUGCCGCCGGGGAACCACCACCCGGAGCCGGCGGCGGACGACGAGCAGAACCAUCAUCACCACAAUUUACGAUUGAACCACCGCCGCCGACGCCGCCGCCAGCAGCGGCGCUCGUUCUCGCUCGGCGCGGGCGAGGGCGGGGAGGUGCCGGCCUUUGCCGAGUUCUCGCUCGAGGAGCUCAAGGCGGCGACGAAUGGGUUCGCCGCGGAGAGCAUCGUCUCCGAGAGCGGCGACAAGGCCCCGAAUCUCGUCUACAAGGGCCGGCUGCAGCACCGCCGGUGGAUCGCCGUCAAGAAGUUCGCCAGGACGGCCUGGCCUGAUCCCAAGCAGUUCGCUGAGGAAGCUCGGGGAGUUGGGAAAUUGAGGCAUCGGAGGCUGGCGAAUUUGAUCGGGUACUGCUGUGAUGGCGACAACAGGCUUCUUGUUGCUGAGUACAUGCCCAAUGACACCCUUGCCAAGCAUCUGUUCCACUGGGAAAGCCAGACUAUUGAAUGGCCUAUGCGGCUCAAGGUUGCAAUCUAUAUUGCAGAAGCCUUGGAAUAUUGUAGCAGUGAGGGAUGGCCAUUAUAUCAUGAUCUAAAUGCAUACAGAGUCCUUUUCGAUGAGGCUGGUGAUCCAUGUCUUUCUUGUUUUGGUCUCAUGAAAAACAGCCGGGAUGGAAAAAGUUAUAGCACAAACCUAGCUUACACACCACCGGAGUAUUUGAGAAAUGGGAGGGUCAUGCCAGAAAGCAUGAUAUUUAGCUUUGGUACUAUCCUCUUAGAUCUUCUCAGUGGAAAACACAUUCCACCAAGUCAUGCACUUGACAUGAUAAGAGUGAGAAAUAGCUUAGCGUUGAUGGAUUCACAUUUGGAGGGAAAUUUCUCAAAAGAAGAGGCAACUGCACUUGUUGACCUUGCUUGUCAGUGCUUACAAUAUGAACCUAGGGAUCGGCCCAACAGAAAGCAACUGGUUUCAACACUAGCACCUUUGCAAAGCAAAUCAGAGAUGCCGUCUUAUGUUAUGCUGGGGAUUCAAAAGCAUGAGGAAGCCCCUGCCACACCACAGCACCCACUUUCCCCAAUGGGUGAAGCUUGCUCUAGAAUAGACCUUUCUGCCAUCCAUCAGAUUUUAGUAACCACACAUUACAGAGAUGACGAAGGAACUAAUGAGCUAUCGUUCCAAGAGUGGACACCGCAGAUGAAGGACAUACUGGAGGUCAGAAAGAAGGGUGACUUCACCUUCCGCUGUAAAGAUUUUAAGGCAGCAAUUGACUGUUACUCUCAGUUCAUAGAUGCAGGAACAAUUGUCUCACCUACAGUAUAUGCGAGACGAAGCCUGGGCCAUCUGAUGUGUGAUCAGCCUGAUGCUGCGCUGCGGGACGCGAUGCAAGCACAGUGUAUCUACCCUGAUUGGCCCAUAGCAUUCUACAUGCAAGCAGUUGCCCUAGCCAAGUUGAACAUGCAAAGUGACGCCAUGGACAUGUUGCAUGAAGCCACCAGUCUUGAGGAGAAGAUGCAAAAGGAUGGGAAAGCUCCCUAGAGCAGUCCAUCUGAUCAUCACCUCUCUUCAAUGCCAUCGUUUUGUCGAUGAGAAUUGUUGCGUAGACUCUGUGAUUAUCGUGUCGUUCGAGGAAAAUGUAUUAUAGCAAAAAUUUGCUAUGAUCACGUCGGUACAUUUGUCUAUAUUUUUUUUGGCCCAAUGCACAUGAACAUGCAAUCGAAGUGGACUUGUUUCUUUCAGAAAAUUUUGUUUGCUUUCUGAUGGUAAAAUCAAAUUUUUUUUUA